AUGAUGACGUCGCCCAUGACGUCGCCCCAAGAAGCGGCCACCGCAACACAUUCACGACUAGAAAAACCACUGUAUAUGCAUCUGUCUAUAGAAAACGACCAUGUGCAACGUAUGCGUACAGUUGCUACGUUAACUAGUACAAUAGACACUAGGAAAGACGCGAUGACAAGUGUGAACGAAUCGUCGGAUAUGCGAAGCCAGACUUGUGUUGAAUUCCUGCAUAUAAUGAAAGAAUUUUCGGAGAGUUCAUGUGAUGCUAAUGAGACGGUACAACGUGUGGAUUCUCUUGUGAAUCAAGAUGAACAAUUACUUCGAUUGUUUCCAUUGUCACGAACGCAGGAAGAAGAUGAAGCUGCACGAAGACUGCGACGAGCUCUAGAGGAUGAAGAUGAUGAAAGUAUUGCUACUGUUGAAGUGAAAGGAAAUGAAAAAGAAAUGGAUACACAAGAUGAACUACAGCGUUGGAUGGAUCUUGAUCUUGACGACAUUGAUCAUCAUAUGGACGUGUUUGACUUUCAACAUAACACGCAGCCGCUUGCUAUGAAUAAGAUUACGACGAAUGGAACCAAUAGCAACAUGAAGACGACAUUGCACAUGGUCAAGCCCACUGCGUCGCUAUUUGUAAACCACGGCAUAAACGGAUUCUUAGAGCAAAACACGACUGACGCAUCAAAGGUGACCAUGAAUGGCAUGCGAGGGCAAAGCACAAUUACGUCACAAAAGUUAGCUACUACUUCUGUGGCUAGUUCACUACUUAGUGACAAGUAUGUAGCUGCUGCACUGGUUGAAGACGACGACGAUGACGAUUUGCAUGUGGUGGUGGAUAAUGCCGCGCUAUCGUCUGGCCCACUGCUUAAGCGCGCCAAAGUAUUGCCAGCAGUCAGUACGCAAGGAUUGCGGGUGCCAGUAUUGUUGGAUGCGGAAAGCAAAGCAGAAACAGACGAUGAGAGCAAAGCGGAUGAAGAUGAAGAAGGCAAUGUUUGGGGUAUGGCAAGCGAUAAUUACGAGCAUGAUCUGCUAUCGUCGAUUGAUCAUGCUGUGCUGUGUGACCGUGAGAAUCGUUUCUUGCAGUGGGAUUUAGAAGCUGCUCAGCGCCAUCAGCUGCAAAAGAACAGUCUAUCGGUCAAUGCGCUUACUUCUGCGGGCAUGACUGAUCAAACUUCCAUUGGAGCCGGCAUCUCGUCAAAAUCGGCACUUAGCGAACUCACGGCGAUUCAGACCCAGCGUUCAAUCCACCAACCUAGCGAUAAGAUUAUGGCCGCAAGCCCUUUUAGUAGCAAGAGUUCAUCGAAUGUCGAUAUUGUUGAGGAUUGGAACAAUUUGGACUUUGGUACUUUUCAGAAUCGCACUGUGAGCCAUAUCCUGAGCUCAUGUCUUCACAAGAGGAAGUUGCACCACCCUUACAAGAAUCAGGUGCAACUUGUAAAUUUUAACGUCCCAGGUUGUGGCAAAUCCAAUUUGGUGCAUGGAUCGGGACCGCCUGCCCACCAGCUUGGUGGUUCUUUAGCGACAAGUCUUGCUUUCGGUGGUCAGCAACACGGUUUUGAUGGCACAGACGGGUCAGCUAUCAGCGGUUUUGAGCCUUUGCUUGCCAGCCGUCACGAUAAUGAUCAUGUUAGCAGCAAAUCUCCUGGCAAGGGAGAGAAGAAGAUACCGAAGAAGCGCGAAGAACGCAAGCGGCUGAUGACACUUAAGAUGCAGGAGACGUUUGCUGACCUGGAAGGAACGUUUACGGAGCAAGACCUUGAUGUAAAGGGAAUUGUGGGACCUGGCGCAUCACUUUCUAAGAUGGCGUUGUCUAAGCUUGAGAAUUUGCCGCUGCCGGAUUUGAUGAACCUUCCACAAGAGCUGCGGGAGCUUAAGCGGAAAAUUGAAGCCACUGAACACAAGGUGGAAGGCACGAAACAUCGCCAUCGUAAGGGUGGCCCAUGCCCACGCUGCCAGGUGCAAAACCAAUUGCGUGCGGCAAAGCGUGCAUACCACAAGCGCGCCGUGGCGCACAAGAAGCUGCCUCAUGUGGUGGUUAAUGCAGUCAAUGACGAGGCUCAGGAAGCUGCUAAUGCACAGGCUGCAGCUGCUGCUACGCUGGAACUUGCCGGUAACGUCACCGCUGCGAUGAAAGCUGCCGCUGGUGCAGGGGCAAGAAAGGGAAUUAACGUGCCUUUUGCAGGUGCUAGCGGUAAUGGCUCUAGUGCUAAAGCUAGGGCUGCAAUGACUGGUAUGCCGAACAUGGCGACUGGAGUGCUAAAACAGAUGCCACACACUGCGACAUCCUUUGUUCCAUCACCGUCUAGCUCGUUGUGCUCGACGUCCUCAGUGGUUACCACUGGUACCGUGGGUUCUACUAGUGGAUCUUCCUCGUCAUCCACAUGCGGUGGUGUUUCUCCGCCGCCAUCUUUGUCCAUUCAAGCGCGUGUUCGAGAAUCAUAUGUAAAAGUGUCAUCGUCAGCAAUGCCAUUUUCAUCGCCGUCAUCAGCGUCACCUACGUCAGCGUCAAACCCGUCAUCUCCCGAGACGGCGUCACGUCAGCUACAGCAUGUGACUGUAUCAUCUGGCUAA